AUGCCCUGGACCGUGGUGUGGGACUUCAGCGAGGUGGUCUGCCGGGGCUGUGUCAACUACGAGGGCUCCAACCAGAUAGAGUUCCUGAUCGCGAACGCCCGCCAGCUCAAGCGCACCCACGGUAUGCAGGACGGGGCAGUCCGCUCCCCGGGGCCCUCCCCAAACAAACACAGCAGCAGUACGGGCAGAGAGGCCCCCGGGGACUCCAGGACACACGCCUCACACGGGGCAGGCAGAGGGGACGGAGUGUCUGCGGUCAGGGUCCCUCCCAACGGACUGCACAGGGACCACCCGCAGGAACUGAACCGGCAGAGCCCCAGCGGCAGCAGGAGGCCCAUGUUGGGGGCUGCCAUCCCUCCCAGUCUAGUGUCUCAGAGUAUAGCAGGCAUACCCCCCGGGCUCCUGCCAGCAGGCUUGGCAGCUAGGGCGUCCCCGAUAAACAACCCCAUGAUCUUCCCUGCGCCCGUGCUGGCUGAGAUGAGCCGCAGACAGAUGAGCAUUAGCAUGGGCAUAGGACCUUUCAUCUCCCAGGAGCUGGAGAGAGAGCUGAGUGCAUCACAGGGCCAGUCCAAGUCCCAGACGCCCGUACAUUCAGCUGGAGUCAGUGCCAAUAAAAGUACCGGUCUCCCUCUGACGGCCUCAGCCAUGGCAGGAGGUGUGAGCCAGACCAGCCCCAAGCCUGCCUCUUCUCCUGCUCGUCAGCCUCGCCCCAUGGCCACUCGGCCCGGAGGAGAGCCCCUGAACUCCAGCACGUCUGUGGAGGCGGCCAACACUGCUCCAGCUCUGCCCCACGGAGGGGCCUCCGAGCUGGGCUCGGCAUCAGGCAGCAGCCACUCAGCUGGAAACACACUGUCCUGUACGCUGUGCCACGAGCGCCUGGAGGACACACACUUUGUGCAGUGUCCCUCAGUGCAAGGGCACAGGUUCUGCUUCCCCUGCACUCGCGUAUACAUCCAGAGCCGCAGAGCAGAUGGGGAGGUGUACUGUCCCAGUGGAGAGCGCUGUCCACUGGAUAACACCCCAAACAGUCCUCCCUGGGCUUUUAUGCAGGGAGAGGUCACCACCAUCCUGGGCUCGGCUGGGGCAGGAGCUUCAUCUGUUCCUGCUGCUGCCCCACCCCCAGGCUCUAGCCCCGCCCCUACAGCGGGCCAUGGGGCCCCCACCGGAGAUGUCACUGUAAAGAAGGAGCGGGAGACGUGA